AGCGGGGGGGACAAGGCGCAAGAGAAAUUCCUGGAUUAUUAUUUCCCACACACCCUACAGUCAUUGGAUUAUUUGUGUAUCUUCCUUCUGCCCCCACCCCACCCGCGUUUGCAGAUUGAAGAUCGUAAAUCUUUCUAUUUUGCAAUCCCUUUGGAUCAAGUACCCCCAAUCUUUCUCCCCCGCCGUCGCCUUUUGCCCAGGAGGCUGCGAAAACUGAUCCCUCUCCACGAAGAUUUUUCUUUUGCACUUUUUUUUUUAAAAAAUUACCUCUUCCUUCCUUUUAACCUCCCCGGGUUAUUUAUUCCUUUGCCUUACUUGUGCGCUCUACCUCCCCUUGAUAUCUCCUCUCCCCGCAAUGUGUGUGUGAUUCUUUUUUUAAAGGGGGGAGGGAAAGGGCCGUUUUCCCUCGGUUGUGUUUCUCCCUCCCCUCUCGGUCGGCGUGUGUGUGUCUCUCGCUCGCUCGCUCUGUCUGUCUCUUUUCUUUCUUGUCGGAGGCUGUGGGAUAAUGGCGUGUGGGUUGUGGCUGUGAGGAUGAGUUCCUGCUUCGUGCCGAACGGGGCCAGCCUUGAGGAUUGCCAUUCCAACCUAUUCUGUCUGGCCGAUUUAACAGGAAUUAAAUGGAAGCGCUACGUAUGGCAGGGUCCAACAUCUGCACCAAUCCUGUUCCCAGUGACCGAAGAAGACCCUAUCUUAAGCAGCUACAGUCGAUGCCUCAAAGCUGACGUCUUGAGUGUGUGGCGGCGAGACCAGAGGCCUGGGCGCAGAGAAUUGUGGAUAUUCUGGUGGGGCGAUGACCCCAAUUUUUCUGACCUAAUUCAUCAUGACCUAACAGAUGAGGAAGACGGUGUAUGGGAGAAUGGGCUUUCCUAUGAAUGUCGCACUCUGCUGUUCAAAGCAAUUCACAACCUGGUGGAAAGAUGUCUAAUGAACCGGAACUUUGUGCGCAUCGGGAAAUGGUUUGUGAAGCCUUACGAGAAAGAUGAGAAACCUAUAAAUAAAAGCGAACAUUUGUCCUGCUCCUUCACCUUCUUCUUGCAUGGGGACAGCAAUGUUUGUACCAGCGUGGAAAUCAACCAGCACCAACCUGUGUACUUUGUUAGUGAAGAACAUCUUACCCUGGCCCAACAGUCUAACAGCCCUUUUCAAGUUAUUCUAAGUCCCUUUGGAUUAAAUGGUACACUCACUGGACAGUCGUUCAAGUUGUCUGAUUCAGCUACGAAAAAACUGAUUGGGGAAUGGAAACAGUUCUAUCCUAUCACAUCCAACCUGAAGGAGGGAUUGGAGGAAAAGCAAGAAGAAAUGGAUUGGGAGGAUGACUCUCUCGCUGCUGUGGAAGUCCUUGUUGCUGGUGUACGGAUGGUCUACCCAGCAUGCUUUGUUUUAGUUCCUCAGACAGACAUUCCUGUUCCUAGCACUGCUGGGUCAAGCAACUGCUUGGGUGUCCAUCAAGUGCCUGCUUCCACAAGAGAUCCCGCCAUGUCCUCGGUCACUCUGACUCCACCUACGUCCCCAGAAGAGGUUCAAACAGUUGAUACUCGUUCAGCCCAGAAGUGGGUGAAGCUCCCUACUAUUUCUGACAUAUUCAGCUCCGAAAGCAUUAGUCACCAUGGGGGCAAAAUCCCUCGGAAGCUGGCCAAUCAAGUGGUUGACAGAGUCUGGCAAGAAUGCAAUAUGAACAGAGCGCUGACCAAGAGGAAGUAUUCUGCUACAUCAAAUGGCGUAUGUGAAGAUGAGACAGUUGACAAAAUGUCAUUUUGGGAGUUUGUUGAAGCCACACAGAGGACAAAUUGCAGUUGCUCAAGGUACAAAAGUCUCAAGCCAAGACUUGCAAUUCAGCAGGGGCCAGUGCCUCCUGUGGGCCAGCAACAGCAAGCAGCUCCAAAGCACAAGGCAAAUGAGAAGCAAGAGAAAGGAGAUAAGCCCCAGAAACGUCCUUUGACCCCAUUUCAUCAUCGUGUUUCCAUCACUGAUGACAUUGCCAUGGAGACGGACUCGGCCAAUCAGAGGCUUGUGAUUACCACGUCCGAUAACCAAGUGAGGUUUUCAAAUCUCAGAACUAAUGAUGUAGCAAAGACGCCUCAGAUGCACGGCACUGAAAUGGCAAAUUCUCCCCAGCCACCUCCCCUUAGUCCUCACCCGUGUGAUGUUGCUGAUGAAGGGGCAACCAAAACUCCUUCCACUCCCCAGAGCCAGCAUUUCUAUCAGAUGCCAACUCCAGAUCCUUUAGUUCCUUCAAAAACAAUGGAAGACAGGAUAGAGGGCUUGUCUCAGACUUUCCCAGCUCAAUUCCCAGAAGUUAUAGAGCCCACAAUGUAUGUUGGUGCAGCAGUGAACUUGGAAGAAGAAGAUGCAGAUUCCACGUGGAAGUAUUACAAGGUUCCAAAGAAAAAGGAUGUGAAUUUCUUGCCGCCACAACUCCCAAGUGAAAAGUUUAAGGAUGACCCUAUGGGAUUUGCAGGGUCAGACAACUUACCUUCAGCUACAGAGUUAAUGGUGCAAUGUAGAAAACCUUUAAAAGUCUCUGAUGAAUUGGUGCAGCAGUACCAGAGCAAGAACCAGUAUCUAGCAGCAAUAGUAGCUGACCAGGAACCUGAAAUGGAUCCGUAUGCAUUUGUUGAUGGAGAUGAAGAAUUCCCUUUUCCUGAUAAAAAGGACAGGCAGAACAGUGAGCGAGAAGCUGGGAAAAAGCACAAGGCUGAAGAUGGGACACCUAAUGUUGGAGAGGAUGCGAUGUCACUUUUUAGCCCCUCUGUCAAACAAGCAAUAGAUGCCCAGCGUAUUCCCCCUCACAAUCGCACAGCGUCCACUAGUUUGUUUCAUGAAAAUGACCUGGUUGUCUCUUACACUGACCUUGACAAUCUCUUCAACUCAGAUGAAGAUGAGCUAACACCUGGAUCUAAAAGAAUGCUGAAUGGAGCAGAUGACAAAUCCAACUGCAAAGAGUCAAAAGCAGGAAACUUGGACCCUUUGUCAUGCAUAAGCACUGCAGAUCUUCAUAAAAUGUACCCAACACCACCAUCCUUGGAGCAACACAUUAUGGGGUUUUCUCCCAUGAAUAUGAACAAUAAGGAGUAUGGCAGUAUGGACACCACGCCUGGAGGGACUGUCUUAGAAGGAAAUGGCGCUACUGCUGGCGUUCAGUUCAGGAUUGAAGUAGAUGAGGGAUUCUGUAGCCCCAAACCCUCAGAAAUAAAGGAUUAUUCCUAUGUUUAUAAGCCUGAGAACAGCCAAGCUUUUGUGGGGUGUUCCAUGUUUGCACCAUUGAAGACUUUACCAAGCCAGUGUCUCCAGCCCCUCAAGCUGCCAGAGGAGUGUGUUUACCGGCAAAGUUGGACUGUUGGCAAGCUGGAAUUGCUUCCUCCGGGGCCUGCAAUGCCAUUCAUCAAAGAAGGUGAUGGGAGCACUAUUGAUCAAGAAUAUGGCCCUGCCUACACUCCACAAACACAUACGCCCUUUGGAAUGCCACCCAGCAGUGCCCCACCCAGUAACAGUGGGCCCGGCAUUCUCCCUUCGCCUUCCACCCCCCGUUUCCCAACUCCACGGACACCAAGGACUCCAAGGACUCCCCGUGGGGCUGGUGGGCCAGCCAGUGCUCAAGGCUCAGUUAAGUAUGAGAAUUCGGACUUGUAUUCACCAGCGUCCACACCAUCAACCUGCAGACCACUAAAUUCUGUUGAGCCUCCCACUGUUCCUUCUAUCCCUGAGGCCCACAGUCUUUAUGUAAACCUCAUCCUCUCUGAAUCGGUGAUGAAUCUCUUCAAAGACUGUAACUUUGACAGCUGUUGCAUCUGCGUCUGCAACACAAACAUCAAAGGUGCCGAUGUUGGAGUUUACAUUCCAGAUCCAACACAAGAAGCCCAGUAUAGGUGUACCUGUGGCUUCAGCGCAGUGAUGAACAGGAAGUUUGGCAACAACUCUGGAUUAUUCCUAGAGGAUGAGUUGGACAUCCUAGGCCGCACCUCGGAAUGUGGCAAAGAUGUGGAGAAGCGCUUUGAGGCCCUCCGCACGGGCUCUGCUGAGCAUGGCGGGGGAUCGAAGGAGGCAGACAGGCUGCCUGAUGAGCUGAUCCUCUUGUUGCAAGACCAGUGCACCAACUUGUUUUCGCCAUUUGGAGCGGCGGACCACGAUCCCUUGCCAAAAGCUGGAGCUGUCAGCAACCUGGUACGCGCCGAGGAAAGGGAUUGUUGUAAUGACUGCUACCUUGCGUUGGAACAUGGGCGCCAGUUUAUGGACAACAUGUCGGGAGGGAAAGUUGACGAAGCACUUGUGAAGAGUACUUGCUUGCACCAUUGGUCAAAACAAAAUGUUGGAGACGUGAGCAUGCAAUGUUCUCAGGACAUCCUUCGCAUGCUGCUCUCACUUCAGCCUGUCCUCCAGGAUGCAAUUCAGAAAAAACGAACCGUUCGCUCUUGGGGGGUGCAGGGUCCUCUCACGUGGCAGCAGUUUCACAAAAUGGCUGGCCGAGGCACUUACGGAACUGAUGAGUCUCCAGAACCACUGCCCAUUCCAACUUUUUUGUUGGGAUACGAUUACGACUUCCUGGUGCUGUCCCCGUUUGCCUUACCGUACUGGGAGAGGCUGAUGUUGGAACCCUAUGGAUCUCAGAGAGACAUUGCUUACGUUGUGGUGUGUCCAGAGAAUGAAGCACUGCUGAAUGGGGCAAAGACCUUCUUUCGGGAUCUCACGGCAAUAUAUGAGUCCUGCAGACUUGGCCAGCAUCGACCCAUCUGUAAACUGUUGCCUGACGGGAUCAUGAGAGUCGGAUCUGCUGCUUCAACCAAGCUUUCUGAGAAGUCUGUCGCUGAGUGGUUUUCCCAGGCAGCUCACGCCAACAGCGAAUCAUUUUCUAGACUCAAACUGUAUGCUCAAGUCUGCAGAUAUGAUUUGGGUCCUUACCUUGCUACACAGCCAUUGGACAAUUCCUUGCUUUCUCAGUCCAGCCUAGUUCCUCCCACCAGCCAUCCUACAUCUGUCCCGCCUCAGGUUGCAGGCAGCUCUACUCCAUCAUCCACCCCUUCGUCUGCUCCCAGUAAUGCUGUCCCAAUGAACUCAAACAGUGCCAUCACCUCUGCCACUACCACGGCCAGUUCCACCAUGACCACGACUGCCACUUCAUCCUCCUCCUCCAGUUCAGCCGGUGGGAUUUCAGCGAACAAACCUUCAUCCUUUCCACCUUUUGGCAGCAUGAACAACACUACUCCUUCCUCCCUCUCCACGCAGCCUGCAACAGUCCAGAACGGGCAGGCGGGGACGCAGCAGCAACAGCAGCCAUCCGCAGCGAUACCGGGGGAAGCCCCAUCCAUCCCUCCGCAGCUGCACUCAGAAGUUUCAGAGAGCACUAUGGACCGUGACAAAGUGGGAGUCCCCACUGACGGUGAUUCCCACGCAGUCACCUACCCACCUGCCAUCGUAGUUUACAUUGUUGACCCUUUCUCCUAUGAGAAGAAAGAGGAGGGCAACUCCUCCAGCGUGUGGACUCUGGGUCUUCUCCGUUGCUUUCUUGAAAUGAUCCAAAAUCUCCCUCCUAACAUCAGAAACAUAGUUUCUGUUCAGCUUGUUCCUUGUCAAUAUCUGUUACAACCAGUCAAGAAUGAAGACAGGCAGAUCUACACUCAGCAUCUAAAAUCGCUGGCAUUCUCCGCCUUCACGCAAUGCCGGAGGCCACUCCCAACGUCAACCAAUGUGAAAACAUUAACUGGGUUUGGCCCAGGUUUGGCGAUGGAGAUGGCGCUCAGGAGUCCAGAAAGACCAGAGUGUAUUAAGCUGUAUGCCCCUCCUUUCAUAUUGGCUCCUGUCAAAGAUAAACAGACAGAGCUGGGAGAAACCUUUGGAGAGGCUGGGCAGAAAUACAAUGUGCUUUUCGUGGGCUACUGUCUCUCUCAUGAUCAAAGGUGGCUUCUUGCAUCGUGCACAGAUUUAUAUGGAGAACUAUUGGAAACCUGCAUUAUCAACAUUGAUGUACCUAACAGGGCUCGUAGGAAAAAGGGGUCUGCUCGCAGACUUGGUCUUCAGAAACUCUGGGAAUGGUGCCUGGGGCUUGUGCAGAUGAGUUCGUUGCCUUGGAGAGUUGUAAUAGGACGUCUUGGAAGAAUAGGCCACGGGGAACUAAAAGAUUGGAGUUGUUUGCUGAGUCGCCGAAAUCUGCAGUCACUUAGCAAGAGGCUGAAAGAUAUGUGCAGGAUGUGUGGCAUCUCCACUGCCGAUUCUCCCAGCAUUCUCAGCGCCUGCUUAGUCGCGGUAGAACCGCAGGGAUCCUUUGUCAUCAUGCCAGAUUCUGUAUCAACUGGCUCAGUGUUUGGCCGCAGCACCACCCUAAAUAUGCAGACGUCCCAACUAAACACCCCACAGGAUACGUCGUGCACUCAUAUACUUGUGUUUCCCACGUCUGCAUCUGUGCAAGUAGCAUCAUCAACUUACACCACUGAAACUGGUUUGGACCUGGCCUUUAAUACAAACAAUGAUGGAGCAGAUGGAAUGGGGCUCUUUGAUUUGUUAGACACUGGAGAUCCUGAUAUUGAUCCUGAUAUUAUAAACAUCCUCCCUGCAUCCCCUACCGGGUCCCCUGUGCACUCACCAAGUUCCCACUUCACCCAUGGAGGUGACAUGGGCAAGGGUCAAGGUACAGAUCGCUUGCUCUCAACGGAGUCUCACGACGAAGUCACCAACAUCCUACAGCAACCGCUGGCCCUUGGUUACUUUGUCUCAACUGCCAAAGCAGGUCCGUUGCCUGACUGGUUUUGGUCGGCGUGUCCUCAAGCACAAAAUCAGUGCCCCCUGUUUCUUAAGGCUUCUCUGCACCUCCAUGUGCCUUCAGUGCAAUCGGAUGAGCUACUUCACAGUAAACACUCCCACCCUCUUGACUCGAAUCAAACUUCCGAUGUCCUCAGGUUUGUGUUGGAACAGUACAACGCACUUUCCUGGCUAACCUGUGAUCCUGCGACCCAAGACCGGCGGUCGUGUCUCCCAGUUCACUUUGUGGUGCUGAAUCAGUUGUAUAACUUUAUCAUGAAUAUGCUGUGAUCUUUAUCUGAACUGGGCAAAGAGAAGAAAAACACAACAACCAGAGCAACAACAAAAAGGGAAAGGAUUAUUUCGCUGCAGGACUAAGUUAAUUAUUCUCUGCGCAAGUCAUUUUUUUUGUGAUUUGAGGGAGGGGAAUGUCAUUUUUGGUCACUUCCAGCAACUAUUUGGUUUUGACUUGCGGUGGGGACUGCAUAGCCCAAGUGUUUAAUUCUCCAUUUGCCCCCUGCUUUCGUUGGUGUUUUGCCUAUACCAGACUGAUUGGAGUGGUGAAUUGAUCAGUCGAAAUGUAUUAUAACACAUCUUUUUAGUAGCAAAGUAACCAUUCUCUCUCUCCCCCAACCCCACCCCAUCACAGUAUUUGUGAAGAGUAUAUGAGCCAUAGGCCCCAGCCAUGUUUAAUGAAUAUUUUAAAAAGUACGAGCAUGGAGACAAUAAGAAGACAAACAAGGAAGGAAAAAAACCAGAAUUUGUCGAAUGCUUUUGGAACACUGCAAUGUUCUUGUAUCGGAUUAUAGUACCUAGUAUUCAAAAAAAAAUGCCUGCAUCUCUUAUUUAUUGUACGUUUUUAAAUGUAUAAAUUGUCUUAUAUUUCUUAACCUCUUUUAUAAAAAAAAUUUCCUAGAAGGUUUAUACUGCCUUCUUGCUUUAAAGCAAUUGGUCUAAAAAUAUAUAUGUAAUCGUCUUAAUUGAAAGUUGCGGUAGGUUUGCUUUUAGAGUAUUAUUUUUUUGUAAGGGGGGGGUUGAGGGUAUGGGGACAGUAAAAUUUGUAUUUGGUCUUGAUGUACAGUUUAAUGGGGGAAUAUAGGAGUUGGGGCGGGAGGGAUAUAAAUGUCCAUGCCAUUGUGUGUGGGAGAUUUACAGCUAAGCUGUAGUUGCAGAUUAUACAUGUACAGUAAUGAAGUUCACUGUGUUUAUAUAAAAUCGAAGAGAAAAAAAAAGGUACCGGGUCUUACAGCAAUUUUAUAUCACACCUUUGCAGAGUUAACAUAAUGGCAAUAUAUUAAAAGAAGUGAUAUUGUUAGGUGGUUUAACUUGUAGUGAGAAUUUUAAAAAAGAAUAAUAAUAAUAUUAAUAAUAAUAAUAAUAAAUUGUUUUACUUUUUUUUGUAUUUUUGUUGAGGGCCGAGACUAGUUUUUUCAGGCCUCUUCCCAUUUUUCAAGCAAGGAGGGUGUGCUUGCUGCAAGGACCUCCUGCUCUUCCACCUGUGCGUUUUAGCCAAGAGAAAAUCUGUGUCACUCGAUGAAAUCGCGACACUUUCCUCUUCUUCUUCUUCUUCUUCUUCUUCUUCUUCUUCUUCUUCUUCUUCUUCUUCUUCUUCUUCUUCUUCUUCUUCUUCUUCUUCUUCUUCUUCUUCCUUUUAAAAAUGCCCUUCCCUUCAAUGAAGCUGUGUCACUUUCAUCUUCCAAGUAUUUUGGGGUUCAUCACUAGGAUCCCAUUCAACCUUCUCCAUGUUUGGAUUAAAUUACCAUGAAACUGCAGCCACUGCUACCCUUACUGUCCUCCUUGUAUGGUUUGGAAUUUUAGCCCAACUUUAGCUACUUUAUACAUACUACUUUAAAAAAAACAAAAACCAAGGAAAACCCAAUCAGUUUUGAUUCUAAGCUUUGAUAUGCAUAUGAAUUGGAAUAUGGUGUAAAUAGGUUCUCAGUGAAUUCUGGUGUUUGAACUUGAUUCCACUAAUGAGAGAACAACCUCCUUUCUUUUGCUCUCUCUCCUCUUUCCCACUCCCCCUUUCUCAGGCCUCUUGUUCUAAUCUUAUUGGUUUUGACGCUCUGUAAUGGAAGUUUCGGGCUCCCCUUUUGAAAUAAAAAUCCAGGUUCCAGCACGGUAAAACGCCAAGGGAGCGGGCACGAAAAGGUCGAGUGAACUGUUCUGCACGCCACUCCCACCUCCUCCUCCCUUCUGCCUGUGAACCCGCCGGCUUCUUUCGCCUUCCUUCUCCACCCAUGUAUCCAGUCUUGAGUUGCUUCCUUGCCUUCCAGGAGGCACUGCUUUGAUCCCUCCCCUUUUCAUAUCUGCACGCUGCCGCUUUCAGAAUUACUGUGCCCAUCCAACUGAAGGUCUUCUGCCGUGCAAGCUUUGCCCUGAAGCUGUGUUUCCAUCAACAAAUAUUGAAUCUGGACGUUAUUUUGCAGGUUGUGUUAGGGCACCAUAUUCCACCCGAGUGGAAGCACUCGUGGAAGCAGAGGCAGCCACGUCAGCGGUAAGUGGGAUCCUUAGGAAAGUUGUUCCCACCACCAGCCACCUGCUGCUGCUCGGCUUCGCUUUUUGAGGUUUGGUGAGCAACGGUCCAGACUUGUCGGUCCAGCAAAGGUCGCCAACUUGUCGGGCAAAAUGUCUCACAGACCCUGUUUUAUAGUGCAGGCCUAACCAUGUCUACUCAGAAGUAAGUCCUAUUGAAUUCAGUGGGGCUUACUCCCAGGUAAGGGGGUUAGGAUUGCAGCCCUACUAUCCCAAGUGUUCAACCCCCCCUCGUAAUACCCAGUUUCUUUCUUUCUAAAGUACCACAAUUUGCAAGUAUUUUUGAAAUCAUGUGAAGUAUGUACAACCUGUUAAGACCUGAAAGCAUUUCUUUUUCUGUGAACAAACAUAACUUUGGAUUUCUUAUUAGAGUAUAUCAGUGGUGGCGGCAGUAAGCACUAGCAGCAACUUUUCUUGGUGUGCAACUUAAGUAGAAUUGAUGAAGAUUUCCUGUUCAUCUUAAAAUUUUACAGAGAGCUGACUGAAAAACCACCUAUUUUGUUGCAAGAUGGGAGCGAUUAACAUUUCAAUGUGCUAAUACUAUAUGAUGAUGUAAGUGCAGGUAUUAAAAAGAUCUGCAUCUCUUAUCACUGGGGUGAGCUUUUUGAAGAAAAACUUGCCCCCCUAAAUUAGGAAUUGAUGUUCAAAGUAAGUGCAACAGAGUCACAUACAAAUUUUAAAUAUUUGGGGUUGCAUUUUACAUUUCUGCUGUUUAUUGCAUUGCAUUUUCUCUCUGUGUACACCUGUAUUUGAUAUUCAAGUAUCUGUUAAUGGCAGAUACUCUCCAGAUGUUUCCACCUCCCUAAAGAGUGGUGCUAAAAUUAUUUGCCUAGCUUAGAGAGCAGAAUAUGAGUCAGUCAGCAUUGAGUACUUUCCAAGCCUUAUGGGAGUUCAGUCGGAGAGCUUUAAAUGUGUGCUUAAACUUCCCCACUUAAACCAGUGGAACUUAAAUGCACUUGGCUGCGCCAUGACUUUGCUUGUAGCACUGAGAUUGCACAGAAGUCCUCAAAACUCCAGAAUGCACUGUGUGUUGUUGACUAGGGAGCUAAGUUCAUAGUAGGUCCAUUUCAGGAAGAUCAGGUUGACCAGAGAUUCUGCCAUUUACCUGUUUAAAUGAUCAUUGCACAGUGGUGGGACAAUUGGCCUUAGGGAAUAAGAUGCCCGUAGAAAUCAGAUUUAAAUUAAUUGCCAUGGAAGCAUCCAAGGGGUGUUGGGGUUAGGAUUAGCUGUUGAUGGACCUGUCUGGACUCAAGAAAAUGGCAGGGGAAAGGAGUUGAACAGCUGGAAACAGUUGGAAACAGUUAUGGAAACCCCCAGCACAUUUUAGGUUAAAAAGCACAAAGCACAACACCACAUGGCAUUAUCUUGUACCUAUGGAAAGGUUAUUUAACUUUUUUUUUCUCAUUGAGCUAUAGUAUUGCUUCAAAAUAAAUCGUUCCUACUUAUAAGCCA